GGCAGAGAAACAAUCACGAGAGAAGGGAAAACAAAUGAAAUUCGAGUUCGUCAAAAGGGGCGGCCAACAUAAUUGAACAAUUCCCCUAAACACGUUUCACUUCAAAAAUUCAUAGUCUUAAAAAAAGACGUAGGUUAUCUUGAAGCUUUUCUAUGCUAUACAUUAAUGAAGCAACUCUGACUGUUCAGCUAUGGCUACCACGUUUUUCUUCUAAGAGGCAUGUCUGUCAUUCAUCCAGAGUAGAUUUUUUUUUGUAUUUAGUUAAAAUGAAUGAAUGAUUGGCAUGUUUGCUUCAGUUCAAGUAUACCUACCUUAUUUCCUCUGCUGAAACAGAGUACAAUAUCUUUACACAUAUUAAAAAAUGGCUUCAGAUUUACUGAGUUUUAUUGUUGAUCCAGAAGAGGGGGAUACUUCUUUACAUCUUGCAGCACUGACUGGAGAUGUGCUUAAGGUCAGACAAUUAUUGUGUAGUGAUAGUGGAAGAAACUUAAUAAAUGCACGUAUGAGACCAUUUGGAGCCACGCCUCUUCGACUUGCUUCCUCAGCUGGCAAUGUUGAAUGCAUGCAAGAAUUGUUGAAAAAUGGGGCAUAUGUUGACCUAGUUGACAUUAAAGCACAAACACCCCUGUUUGUUGCUGUUUAUAAUAAUAAAUUAGAAUCAUGUGAACUUCUGUUGAAAAGUGGUGCCAAUCCAAACGGAGACCGUCGAAAUCUAGUAGCUCCACUUCAUGUUGCAUGCCAAAAUGGAUCAGCUCCAGCAGUACAGCUUCUAUUACAACAUGGUUGUGCUGUGGAAGGAGCUUUGACUCACCCUCUACAUGUUGCUGCAACUUAUGGCCAUAUGAAUUGCUUUAUUCUCCUACUUCUUCAUGGUGCAAAAACUAGUCUGGCAGAAUAUGCAGUUGGUCAACCAUCCAUUGUUCCAAUUCUUGCAAAAAACAAGAGCAAUCCCCUUUUUCUGCGACUCUGGGUUCUUUUUGGUGGGAGUUUGUGGUAUAAUGAUAGUACUGGAAAACGAGUGUUUGUUGAUGUUGAAGAAGGACCCCUUAUUGAAGUUUUACACAAUCUUAAAACUUUUCCUUUGUCUCUCAAAUGUCAAAGUCGCAUCAAGAUUUGGAAAUUGAUACAGUAUGACGUUCUGAAACACAUAAAUUCACUUGGGUUACCCAAAACUCUUGUUAAUUAUCUUGGCUUCAGAGAUAUACCAGAAAUCGAUAAUUGUUUUGCUUUCCUUGAAAAAUGCCUAUAAAAAAGCACAAUGCUACACCUCACAAAAUAAUAUAUUGAUAACUGUUUUAACUUAUCACCAAUUUGACAGCUUUAAAAUAUAAAGUUUAACAAAAUAGCUUUUUCUAAUUGCGCUAAUUUUAAAAAGGCCGCCGUUAUAUUCAAUACGUAUUAUCACAAAUCAUUGGUCGAAAUGUGCACGGAAUAAGCUACGAAGAAUAUGGCGGCAUGCGCACCUCCAACAUGUGCACGUCGAAACGCGUAUUUGUUAUGGUUUUUGACGUUUCUUUUUACUAUAUGUCCAUUGGAAUUCAUUGAUACGGAUAUGCAGUGUUUUUUAAUUGAAUAGUGUGUUUUAUGCGUGUGUGAAUUGUCAUUUUGUUGGUCUGGUAAUGGUACAAUUAUUAUCCCGCCUUAAAGAUGUCAAUUAUACACUGUAAUUUGAAUUGUGCAUUUAAAAAAUUCUGAAUUCGAUUUCUGAUGCCUUUGACUUAAUCAAUUGAGACCGCUUUUCCGGAGCUCAUUGUUGUUGAAGUACAUUGUAAAUUACGACAUCAUGAGAUAUGAAACCGUGUUUGAUUGGGCACAAGUAAAAUUGGCAGAAAAGUGGCUGAAUGUGUUGUUCAAAGCAAAUCCCUCAAAAGAGCAUGUUGUAAAGAACUUAGCAAAUGCCAGUGGAGUUAAUGUCACUUGGAAUGAAAAUGGGUUGGUGAAACUAGAAGGUUCUUGGGAACAUAUUUUGAGGUCACAAACCAUUUUUGAAAAUUACCUAAAAUCUCUUGAAGACAGUGAAGCAGGAAUUGAAAAAAGAGAUGAUUUCAGUUUAGUGAAGAAAUCAGCCAUGGCAACAAAUGAUUUCACCUCCAAGUGCUCCAAUGUUGCACCAAAUCAAGGGACAAAAAGCAAUGAAGUGUAUGUGAAUAUUACAUUGAAUGCAGCCAAGAUGUCUAAUUUUAAUAAUGAAACAAUACCUGUGGUAAACAAUGUUCAAAAUGAUGUAACUGCAAGUAGUAGUAGUAGAUCCAGUGGAAAAAUGCACAGAAUUCCUCAGGUUUUUGGAUAUGAAGGAAAUUCUUUUGAACAUGGUUUCGUAGUUCAGUCAGAAAACAAUUGUGUAAGACAAGGCAUGGGGUCUGAUCAGAAAAUGAAAGAAAGUUAUAAUGUGUCUGAAUACCAGCACAAGGUUUUACUCAGCAUCUGUAAUCCUCAACCAAGCCACACUGAUAUAAAAAAAACUGAUAAUCCUGAAACAGCUUUGUUACAAACCUGUUGCUUCGGUGAAGAUACAAGCAGUGAUAUUUCAAGAACACUUCAGUCAGUUGAAGAAGUAUUAAGUUUAGAAACUGUUUCUCCAAGUGGUAUUGAUACUACAGUAGGUUUUGACAAAACCAAACAUUCAAAUACCAAGAGCCAAUCAGAAAAUACAUCAGUCAAAUGUGUUUCUGUUGAAUUAAAUGAUACUUCAAAUUCAAAGCAUAUCAAACAAAAAUAUCAUAAGAAAAAAGAUUAUGAAGAAUUAGCCCCUUUUAAAUUCUUUUGUUCCAUGUGUUCCUUCAAAUCUAAAAGGGCAAGUCACUUUACAAGACACAUGAAACUGCACAAUGAGGUUUCAAAAUUAUUUAAAUGUAAUCAGUGCUCUUUUACUUCAAUACGUUUAAGUCAUCUUCGUCGUCAUGAAUUAAACCACAGUAAACUCACAUUGGCUUGCAACAUAUGUCAGUAUCGAACAAAUAGUCAGAAACUUUUAGUGCGACAUAAACGCUUUAAACACAGUGCACCAGAGGUACCUGAAGUUAAAAAAGACAUUCUUCAAUGUGGACAUUGUGCAUAUCAAACUAGUAGAAGUCAUUUACUGCAGAGACAUACAAAGGUUCAUGAAUCUAAUGCUUUGUUGAUUCAAGAAUAUCACUGUAAACAGUACAGCUUUGCAACAUUGGGGUAGUUUUUUGAUUCCACCCCUGUAGAAACUUUGGUGUUGGAGUUGGAGAAAUAGUCAAGCCACGAUUGAAGUGCAUUUUAAUCUAGAAAGGAAGUGCUCUGAAGGUUGUUCGAUAGAGAGCAGAAAAGGUGAAAAAUUGAAGGCACAAGAUUGAGUGAAUAAUCUGGGUGUGGAAUGACUUCCAAACUCUACUCUUCAAUACACUUGCCAGAUUAGCAAAGUGUGGGUGGUCAUUAUCAUGCCGCAACACUACAUGCAGCCUUCAUGUGUUCAUAUAAAACAAAUCGCAAAGAACAUUUUGUGAGACACACCAACAACAUUCAUGAAGGACGUCGACCUUUCUUGUGCCAUUGGUGUGGCAAAGCUUUUAAGAGGCAAGAUGCUUUGAAACAGCAUUCUUCGACACACACUGCACAGGAUGCUGUUACUUGCCCAGAAUGUGGAAAGGGAUGCCGUUCUCAUGCACAUCUUUCUCAACACAUGACUGUACAUUCAACAGAGAGAUUGUUUCUAUGUGAACUCUGUGGAGCAUCUUUCAAAACCAGAGCUGUGCAAAGGAAACAUAUGUUCACAAUUCACCAACAUCCAAAGGCUUUCUUGUGUAGCCACUGUUCCCGGAAGUUCAGUACUAAAUUUGCUUUGAGGCGUCAUGUAAAGCAGCACAGGUAAGGCUAACCCUUAUCAUAAAAGUGGAUGUUUGAAAUUCAUGAAAUUCUUGAAAUUCAUCUGGGAGAGACAUAUAAUUAUUGGAUGAACAGUUAAAAAUGCUUGUAUGCCAGUGAUGAUAAUCAAGGUCAAUAGAAACCAAAACUGUGGUUUCUUACAUUUAAAAUAUAAUCAAGUAUGUGAUGUUUUUAAGUUGUAAGGAAAACUCAACCAGGUAAUAAUCAAGUUACUACAAAAGUGAGUGAGAGAGACACAUACAUGCGUGCACACACAUGCGUAAUUGCACACCCAUGGACACACACACUUUUAUCCAGUGAAAAUGAGAAAGUGGGUGGCAUUUUGAAGAACAAAAGCUUGCCAGAGAAGCCAAUGAUUCUAGCACUUGAAAUACAUGGGAUAACUGUGGGAUCGCUGUCCUUGCAUUGUUGUGUUUCAAUCAUCUUUAAUUAUACUGUAAUAUGUUGGUAAUUAUGAAAAGUUGUAUCCCACUGCAUCUUAAUUUACAAUUGUAACUUGUAAUACAUUAUCAAUCCUUGUAGGGAAGGAAUUUCUCACUAUUACUUUCUGUAAUUGACAGCAUCAGUGGUAUUACAGUUUGCAUGUCAGGCUGUUACACCCAAGUUUGCUGUUUCAAGCACAUUCAAAGUUAUGGAUUUUUAACAGCGAAAAAAUCCUUUGUAUGCUGGCCUUCAGAGGAGUCAACCUGUCUGCCCUAUGAUGUAGAUUUACUGCAUGAAAAAUAUCCUGAGGCCUAAAAGAAGCCUCUAAAUUUAAAUUACCUGUUCUGUUGCCUGAGUAAUACCUUCUUUCUCUGCUAGAUAAUGGAAGAAGCGGAACAAAGUUUUAAGGUCAGACUGAAGAGCAGGCCUUAUGACCAGAGUCACCAUUAUCGAAUUGAAUAAUUGAUAAGUGUGGUCAAGUUUGUUGUUGCCAUGAAAUCUGUUGCACUCAAAGGACUCAUUUACAUAAGAAUACUGUUAGACCUAAUAAUGAUUUGAAGUUUUUUCUUUUUCUGAAAUUAAUUACUACCCUGAAGGAUUAAUGGUGACAUGUUGCAGUUCCCAGUUAUCAACAGAGAAGCCACUUCAGGACCAGGUUCCGGACCCAAACACUUGUGUGAGACUGUUGGCAAUGGAUGCAGUAUUUUACACUGACCCUGCAGGAACUCAUACUUCUACAUCAAAUGUUAUUGCAAGCCCUCCUAAGGAAAAGGCAAAACCUUUACAGUCAGCAGCAGCCUGCGAAGCAGAAUCUGUUCAUGUUAUUCCAACUCAAACUGUUACGCAAUGUAAUAGUGAAACUACCACUCUUGUGUAUGUGACUAGAACAUUUGUGCCAUUACAAAGGUGAUGUUUGGUUUCUUUUUUUCUUCUUUCUUGUCAUUUCUGAACUUCAAUUUUAUGGGAAUUUAGAGAGACAAUUAAUGUGUGUGUUAAAUAUUGGAUAUCUUUAUAUAAUAAAAGCUUAUGUAACUAUACAAGUGUUUUCUCUUUAUUGCAAAUACGUAAAUUUAACUCUUCCAAGAGCAUAAUAAAUUCUUACUAUGGUUUUAGUUACAGGAGAAGGAAGUAACCUUUCGUUCUUCCUCUCCCCAUUGUGUACAUAAUCCAUCAUUCAUUGCAAAUAGUGCUAAUAGCCAAAAUGUAACAUAUGCAAUAGUUUUCCCAUUGUUCACCUUAUAUAAGUUUGUUUCAGUGAUGUUUAGGAGAAGCUCAAAAUGUUUGCAACAUAGUAAUUUAACACACUGCUUAGCAUUACUCCAACAAAGAACAGAAUUACAGUCUCCUUGCAGUUCCAAAAACCAGUAGAUUUGAGAAAAGAAAUUCUUCAAAAAAUGCUUGUUCUAUCAACUUGGUUAACAUCACAAUGUUUUAUCGUAUUGCAGUCCUGAAUUCUCGUUCGGAUGGGGCAUUUUAUUUUCAAGAUUAAUUUAUUUUUCAGGAAAUGCAUUUAAUUCUUAUAUACUUGGGGUCUUUGUUGUGAAGGGUGGGGUGUUGUGAAUAAUUGUUCAUGUUUAUUGUGGACAGUUUUAUUGAUAUAUGGUUUCUUUAAAUAUUCAUCACAACAUGCCAUAAAAAACAAAAACUUCCGAUAUAAAGUAUGAAUGAAAAUAUGCACUUACUAUUCACUAAUUUCAGAAUUAGCUAAGGCUUUGUGUUAGGCACUUUUUACUGGAUUUAAGAAAUAACCAAUGUUACUUUAUCUGUACUUUAUUGAGAUUCCAAAUUUUCUGACAUGAUUACUGCAACACCUAUAUUGCCUUGUCAUUUUUUCUUUAGAUCUCUUUCAAUAUGUAGCAUACUAAUCGGUUGUGUUAUCUUUAGGUUCAAAGGUCAUACAAACACUAUUGAUACAGUAGCGGUCUCCAGUGGGAAGAGGACCAUCCUUAAAAACAUGGCCCAAAUGAGCAUCACACUUAGCACAUCGUACUUCAGUUCGAACCAUUCCAUGACUCUCAUCACGUCUUUCUUCUAAAGCGUUUGUUAUUGCAGUAUGAAAAGAAGGCCAUCCAGAACCAGAAUUAAAUUUGCUUUCAGAACUGAAUAGUGCUGAUCCACAGCAAACACACCUGUAUGUGCCAGAAGCAUAAAAGGAAUUGUACUUUCCAGUGUUUGGACGUUCUGUUCCUGCUUUGCGGCAAACUGCAAACUCUAAAGGUGAUAAUUUUUUUUCCCAUUCAUCAUCACUAAUGUUUUUGAAAUCCCCAGAGAUUUCAUCUAGAACUGAAGCAUUUAUUAUUUCAAAUCACAUACACAACAACAUGUUCAAGGACUGUGGCCUGUGUUUGACCUAAUUUCAGUCACAGAUAUAGGUAACAAUAUUCUGAAUAAUAAAAAAGCCAUUUUUAACAUUUUCUCCUAAACAGAAUUUUGAAAAAAACUAUUUGCCCUCAAACCUCCAAUUGGUGCAACAUUAUGAAAUGUUAUUGGAGAUUUAUAAUGUAAUACACAUAGUGAACAAACAAAGGAGUCAUACUCACUGUAAGGAUUUAUUUGCUAACCAUAAUUGAUGGUAAUUCCUUGGAAUCAGGAAAUACUUUUAAAGUCAUACCUAGGUCAAACACAGUAUACUUAAAAUACAAUAAACUUUAAGAACUUGUUUUAACAUGACGAUAAUAAUUAUUAUAUUAUUUUUAUUAUAAUCAGUUCAGGCUAUACGCCUCUCCAUUGCUUUUUCCAUGGCUUAUGUUUUCAUUUUUUUUCAGGGCCAAAUAGAAUUGAAUACUCAAGAAGCAAGGCACAAAUAAUGGAGACUUGAGGCCAAGACUCGUUUAAAAAGUGUUAUUAUGACAAUACUUGUUUGUUUAUUAUUAAUUUCAUUGAAAUUUUUUAAAAAGGGAAUUCAACAUCCUUGCUUCUCUCUGAAGGAAAUGUUCUUUGCUGCUAAAGAAUGUGCUAUUGUCAGUCUAGAAAGCAAGUAUGGUUCCAUCAAAGUUAACUCAUUACUUUGAUGGAACCAUACUUUGAAGAAAAUUAAUUGUGAAACACAUAUUUUACAGUACCUUCUAAAAUGUUUUAUCUUCAAAUCACAGGAAAAAUAAAAAAAGCAAGUAAACAGUAAUAUUCUUUCAAUUAUUUUUCUUUGGUACUUUAAUAGUUUAGUUUAUCAAUAAAUAAAUUCUCCAUUUCCUCCAACACUCCAAUCAAGAAGAACAUUUGUCAAUUUUUUUUUAAUAUUAUAUGUUAUCUAGGUUUACUGUAAAUGAAAUUCUUUUUAAUGUUUACAUUUAAAAUAAAGUUCCCCUUUAACUUUCAGGUUUUAGGUUUCAAUAACAAACAUUUCUUCAAUGAACUCUUUUCUUUUUUACCUACAUUAUUUUAUAAGUUCCUACAAAAUAUCCUAUUUUGGAGAACAAUAAAGGCCCUUUUGUGAAUUAUAUUGUUAAGACAUAUCAACAGCAGAAUGUAAACACCACAGCCAAGUUAAAGCAAAUAAUUUGAAUCUUUACUGUUACAGUGUAAGCUUGACAUUCUUCAAUUUCUUCAAGAACACUUCGGUCACAAUAUCUGGAUUAUGCUGCAAAAUAUGAACACCUCGGAGAGUCAGAACAAUAAAUUCCUUCACUCCAUCACCAGUAAUGUCCAUGUAGAGAAUUGAAUGAAUGGGAGUCGCAAAGCUGCGCUGACUCUCAAGUACCCAUCCUUCUGAUGAAUUGUUUCCACCGAUAUACUUGUAAAGAAGAAUUUCUUGCCCAUAUGUCCCUAACAUUAUUUCAUUCUUUCCAUCCAUAUUCACAUCACCAAUGCACGAACAAAGAACUGCAUCAAACUGUUCACUACCCACUAAUGGAAAGGCUUUGUUGAAUCCUUCCUCAAUAACAUUCAUGUAAACCACAGAAGGUUGCAAACUAUUUGAAACAAGAAGAUGCACAGCCAUGUCUGUCAUUUCCUCUACUAAUGAGUUAGGCUCAACACAUGAAGGGCGUGUAAUAUUUGUCGUCAAUGUAAACAAUGAAACAUUUGAUAUUGGACCUUCAAAUUGUGCAGACCAACUUGAUAUUAAUUCUCUUCCUUUGGAAACUGCAAGAUGAACAUAUCCAGAUUCACAUCCAAAUGAUGUUACUCUCACUGAUGAAUGUGGACAAUAGAAUAUGUCCAUCCACAAAACAAUACUGGGAGGAUCAGCUAAUUCCACAAAAUGUUCUGCUACAUUUACUUCACUAUAACAAUGAUUAUGGCGGUCUUCCCGAAACAUGUGAACUUUGACAUCACUUCCUGCUAAAAGCCAAACAAUUUCCUUGCUCUCGCCAUCACAUUCAGGAAGCCAUGUAUGAUAUAGCUGAUAAGGUAUAUAACUCAAUUCUAAGAUCAGACAAUUUUGAGCUACACUCUCUAAAUUGAAUUCUGAACUUUGCUCCAAUUCUGAAUAGAUAUUCAAAUACAUUUCUGUAUUCUGCUCACUACUAGAUUUAAUUAUUGUAAUGCCAAUAACAAAGUCAUCAUUUGUUUGAGAUUUAUUAAAAACAUCAAUAGAUAUUAUCUCAGCACCACUUGGUAUGUAUGUAAACAAAACUUCACGUACUGAAGGUUUUAAAUAUCCACCAAGAUCAGCAGUGUAUUCUAAUGAAAAAACUUUUCUGCGCAGUGAAGCUGCUAACACUUUAUUACUACCAUCUGACAUGCAAACCUGUUUUAAAGAAUACACAUUUCCUUGAGAUGGUAAUAAGAAAUAAUGAGCAUCAAUUAAAUUUUUCAUAUUGUGUUGUUUUCAACAACCACGAAAUACAAAAUGACCAGCAGUAUAAAUUUUAAAAAUAACUUUAACAAAUACCACCGUUAAAUAUCUUCUAAUAAAUGUAGUUUUUUACCCUUCGAACCACUUAUUUUCCUAAAACUUGACAGAAGAUAACGACACUCCUUUAGCACAUAGCCAAAAUUAUUAAUUCUGUACAAAUUGGCAAAUCGUGCUAUCAUACUUCCAAAUGUUUUUGAUCUGAAAAGCACGACACGGGCAGUACACAACACCAAACGUCGCAAGAGUAAAUGUAAUUACACCAGACCGAGGACACCACGCUGAUCGCUUUUCAUUAGUUUGCUUCGGCGCUGUUUUAGACUUCUCUUUUCCGAAUCCUGGGCAGGGGUACUGCAAAAAUGCCUGGUCAAUGCUGCAAAGGCCUGUCGAAGAUUUCUUGAAACAAAUUUCAGUCCGCUUUCAGCUACUAUCGCGAGAGCACACGCGACACGAUAGUCGCGUCAACUCGCUCAACUCGCGUCAGUUCGCGUUAUCAGCUCCUCACACACAGCUGAUAUGUAUCUCACAUUUGUCUGUCAUACAAGUCAUGAGUCACGAGACUGAAUUCGUUGUGUUCUCAGCAGUUUCGAGUUCGUAGUUGCUACCCAGUUACAAAUUUCUAUACAGGAUUUUGCUUUCGAUGGUGAAAUUUUGAAAAAUUUAAUGAAAAACGG